CUCCUCUUUCCUUCCACCUUUAAAAUCUCUACGCGACCUUCUCUCUCAUUUCGCACUGCGAUCGCCUGCUUUCACGUUCAGCAAAGAAGAAAAGGAAGCGAGAAGAAGAAGAAGAAGAAAAGACGAUAAUAACCUCUCGAUAUCUCUCGAUUUUCUAUAGAAUUAUAUUUGGUGAACGUCUCAAAACAUGCACCUGUGACUUUAUAACUCUGCAUCAUGGGGGACAGCGAGGGAAGCCAUACGAGCUUGCCAUGGCUUCAAAGCUUGGCUAAAGAUUAUGGCCUAUGCUUUGUAAAAGAUUUUGGGAUAUAUGGGGUUGUAGGUGCAAUUAUCCUUGGCCUUGUUCUUCCUUUAUUGCUUUCCUUGAUAUUAGUGGGGAAGAAAAAGGUUAAGCAAAGAGGAGUGCAAGUAGAUGUUGGGGGAGAGGCAGGUAUUACUAUGCGCAACCACAGAUUUUCUAAAUUGAUCGAAGUUCCCUGGGAUGGUGCCACGACUAUGGCAGCCCUUUUUGAGCAAUCUUGCACAAAGUAUGCUCAGGAUCGAUUUGUUGGAUCGCGGAAGCUCAUUAGCAGGGAAGUGGUGACUGCUAAAGAUGGGAGGAAAUUUGAGAAGCUUCAUCUGGGGGAGUAUGAAUGGCAAACAUACAGAGAAGGAUUUGAUCAUGCUUGCAAUUUUGCUUCUGGUCUAGUGAAAUUGGGUGUCAGUGCAGAUAGCCGCGCUGCAAUUUUUUCUGAAUCGAGAGCAGAAUGGCUCAUUGCCUUUCAGGGAUGCUUCCGUCAAAAUAUUACAGUUGUGACCAUCUAUGCUUCUCUGGGCGAGGAUGCUCUCAUCCACUCGCUCAAUGAGACACAAGUAUCAACUCUGAUCUGUGAUUCAAAGCAAUUGAAAAAAAUAGAAGCGGUUAGCUCAAGCCUGGAAAGUAUCAAGUACAUUGUUUACUUCGAAGAUGAUGGAACUCCAGUUGAUUCCAAUCUCUCCACCGGUACGAGCCAGUGGACUGUAUCAUCUUUCUCUCAGGUUGUAAGGCUUGGGAAAGAAACUCCUGCUCAUCCAAGACUCCCUGCCAAGAAUGAUACUGCUGUCAUUAUGUAUACAAGUGGCAGUACCGGGCUACCUAAGGGAGUCAUGAUGACUCAUGGAAACAUUGUGGCAACUGCAGCUGCAGUUAUGACGAUCAUUCCCAAAAUAGGCAGCAAUGAUGUUUACUUGGCGUACCUGCCCCUAGCUCAUGUUUUUGAACUGGCAGCUGAGUCUGUGAUGUUAUGUGCAGGCUGCGCAAUAGGUUACGGUUCUGCACUGACUUUAACCGAUACAUCAAAUAAGAUCAAGAAAGGAACCAAGGGAGAUGCUUCUGUGUUAAAACCAACCCUUUUGGCGGCCGUUCCAGCUAUAUUAGAUCGUAUUAGAGAUGGUGUAUUGAAAAAGGUUGAGGAGAAGGGUGGGAUUUCCAAGAAGCUCUUUAAUAUUGGAUAUAGACGCAAAGUUGCAGCUAUCGAAGGAAGCUGGCUUGGGGCGUGGGGACUAGAAGGAAUUUUCUGGGAUGCUAUCCUUUUUAAAAAGAUGCGCACUCUUCUUGGAGGCCGUAUUCGUUUCAUGCUUUGUGGUGGAGCUCCUCUAUCUAGUGAUACACAACGAUUCAUCAAUAUCUGCAUGGGGGCUCCAAUAGGACAAGGAUAUGGCUUAACUGAGACAUGUGCCGGUGCAGCGUUUUCCGAAGCAGAUGACCCAACUGUUGGUCGUGUGGGUCCACCUGUUCCUUGUUCCUACAUCAAGCUUGUAUCUUGGGAAGAAGGCGGGUAUCUGACCUCUGACAAACCAAUGCCUCGAGGAGAGGUUGUCAUUGGAGGACUCAGUGUAUCUUUGGGGUACUUCAAAAACGAAGCAAAGACAAACGAGGUGUACAAAGUGGAUGAGAGGGGAACUCGAUGGUUCUAUACUGGUGACAUAGGGCAGUUUCACCCUGAUGGGUGUCUUGAGAUCAUUGAUAGAAAGAAGGAUAUUGUGAAACUCCAGCAUGGGGAGUACAUUUCGCUUGGAAAGGCUGAGGCAGCUCUGAUGACGAGCAACUAUGUGGAGAGCAUCAUGGUACAUGCAGAUCCAUUCCAAAAUUAUUGUGUGGCCUUGGUAGUCCCCUCGCGUCAGGUCCUUGAAAAUUGGGCUCAAAGUGCUGGGAUUGAGUACAAAGAUUUUCCAGAUUUAUGCAAAAAGAAGGAAGCCAUUGGUGAAGUCCAGCAAUCACUUUUGAAGGCAGCAAAAGCUGCGAAGCUUGACAAGUUUGAAAUUCCAGCAAAGAUCAGUUUAAUGCCGGAUCCAUGGACACCAGAAUCGGGAUUAGUUACAGCCGCUCUCAAGUUGAAGAGGGAGCAGUUGAAGGCCAGGUUCAAAGAUGAGCUCCAAAAGUUCUACGCGUGAUAGAAGGAAAAGGUCACUGCAUUUCCUCCCCCCAUUUCUAAGUCAAUGUUAAGUAAGUAUUUGGUAUUGAUGCAUAUUGAUGAAAGUUGUUUGAUCAGUCAUCUUUGGUUUUAUGGAACCCGUUGAUCUGCUUCAGUUCUGAAGCGGGCUGUUCGAAGGUAGAUGAGAAUUUUGUUAUGAAAAUGGAAACAACAGUUGAUACCAA